UUCAUGUGAACAUGGGGUCUUUGUCGUGCAGCUAUAGAAUUGUUAGAUGUUUGAAAAGCGUACAGGAUCACUUACAAAGAUAAAUGUGUCCAUUUGACGACACUGUGGCGGGAGUUUAGUUAAAACUCACUUUAGUUUUAAAGCGGGGGCUCCCGAUGAAGCCGUUUUCCAUGACGUUCCCUCUGGAUCACCCUGGAGACCUGAUUCUGUUCUUCAGUAAGUUACAUUGAAUUCUGUGUUUUCACGAGAAUCCCCAUGAGGUGUAAAGAAAAAUGUUCAUUUUUUAUAACACGACAUUCUUUUAAGAUUUCCAUACACACAGCGCUCGUCUUACAACCAGAGCCUGUCACGUGGGUCAUGAUGACACUCCAUGGUCUAUAAAUGGUGUAAAAGUUCUGCCAGACUCAACAAGUGGUGCACGUGAGCGCGAGACGGACACAACUCCUGUUUGGAUUCUCUAUGCACUCUACUUUUAAAAAAUGGAGCACUUGGAGAACUCCACGGCGUCUUCUAAACUCCUCUUCCUUCGCGCGCACAGCGCCGCCGAGUCCCAAGUGGGGCGAAGCGAAGGGAACGCAUACCUCUACAUCCUGAUAGUCAUGUCUUUCUACGGAGUGUUUCUCUGUGGAAUAAUGCUGGGCUACUUCCGCUCCAAAAGGAGAGAGAAGAGGAGAAUCAACAUCUUCACGCGCCUGGUGCACGAAGAAGAGCGGCGGGAGUGGGGCGUGCUGCCCAGGAAGCGUAGCUUCUCGUUUCCAGCCGCCGUCUCGGGGCUGCGCGCGGUACAGGUGUCCCUCCCGUUCUGCGGUAACCACGGCAACCACUUUGGACACAUGCAGUUUGACAGCUCGCUGCCGUCUCCACUGGCGUGUGUGCUGUGCGCGGAGCAGAGCAGUGUCAGCUCGCUGUGCUCCUCGGCCGACACGCGCCUCACCAUAGAGGAGGAGGCUGACGCCGGCGUAGUGGAGGCGCACGAGGAGAGCGCACAGCCAGAUCAUAGCGGAGACGAUUCUGGCUGAACUUCUAAACUCUCACAUCUGUAUAUCAACUGCAAUCUGAAGAAGAGAAACAUCUGGAGGUCCGUGGGAGAACCAAAGACGGAGACAGUCAGAUGUGUUGUUACAGCUGCAAGCAAACGUUAGCUCUGAGGGUUGGAAAGGGUAGGACUUGGCACAAGACUUAUGGAGACAUUUGACGAUUCUUCAGCCAACAACACAUUUUAACUCCACCUCUAUUGGGGCUGAUGGUAAAGUUAAAAUCAAGUUAGAAUCAAAAAUACCCAGAAAAUAAUUUAAAUAUAUAAAAUCACCUCUAAAUGCACCUCCCAAUGUCUUUGAAUUGGAAUCCUUCAGCAAAUCCAGUCCGGAACAUGGAUCUGUUCAGCAGCUCUGAGAUAGAUACGCAUCUUUUGACUGAUAGUAUUUUACAGCAUUUUGUACAAUUAUAUGUUUAGAUUUCAGUCAAUUUUGUUAUUUAAAUGAACCAAUUUAGACUCCAUUCUAAAUACAUUUGAUCACAACAGUGUUUGGAUUUAUGUUUAAAAGGGAGAUAUAAUGAAGGUUUACUAGCCAAAUGAGGUGAAACUGGCUAAACAUGUCACACCUUAUUCUUGUUGUUAUGAGGUAAAUGUGACCAAACAAAGCUGCUGUCUUUAGUAUUAUUAUAUAUCUGACAUCCCAUAAAACAACUAAACUCACAAUGUGGGUUGAAUAUAAUCAUGGAGUUUUUAUUCACACCCUGAUGAAACAGAACGAUGACACAGUGUUUUUGUUUUAAAUAGCUAAAGUCUUGUGAUUAAUCUGUAAAGGAGAAACAUGUUUGCAGUUUUUGGUUUGCCUCUGCAGUGAAUUUACCCGGCGUCUCCCUGCUGGAGCCCCCGCCUCUGCCUGGGCGGAUGACUCAUCCUGCAGGAGAGUGAACCAGAGACUGGCUUUUGGAGCCUUUUAUUGUGUUUUCCUCUUCUGCUGAACUUGACCCAGUCUGACCGAGCCGAGCCGGUCCAAAGAACUGAAACAAACCUGGAACCCACUUGAAAGGUUGUCUGUCUGUGUGGCUUCAUGACUGAUGGACAAUAAAGUGUUCAAACACUA